AUGCAGCUUGGUGAAAUCUUGCUGGAAGAUUGCAUUUCUGUAGCUGAAGAUGUACUAUGGAAGGCAGAAAAUGCUGUUGCAAAAUUGCCUGGUAGCAUUAUUUCGUCAAAAAAUCAAACUGUAGAUGAAAUUCUAGAUUGGGAAUGGUCAAGUAGUCCAAAUUUACCUCCAAAUGGAAUAUAUGGAUAUUUAAAAGUUGCUAAUCCUUUGAAUGCUUGUUCUUCAAUACCUGAACCACCAUAUCCUUCCAAUUCAUCUUUGCAGUGGUUUGUGCUGAUUCGUCGAUAUGAUUGCUCAAUAGAACUAAAGAUCAAAAUUGCAUACGAAGCUGGAUAUGAUGCAGCUAUCAUUUAUCCAGAUUCAAUAGACCUUAUGAGUUCAUAUUCUGCUCUCAGUCAUUCAGCUGUUAAAGAAAGAAAAAAUAACAAAUUUAUUCGAGUUGUUUUCACAGAAAUUGAUGGAGAAAGAUUAAAGAAUUUUCAAUAUCCAGAAAGAUACUAUCUACAUAUAAUUCCUGAAGAAGCUUUUAACAUUUUAGAAUAUAUUAUUCCAUUUGGAAUUGCCACUGGAAUUUGUGUUUUCAUAUUUUUAUUAAUUAUGAUGAUCAAGUUUCUUAGAGAACGUCGAAGAAACCAAAGGAACCGUCUCUCGUCACAGCAUUUAAAGCAGUUACCAGUAAUUAAAUUUAAAAAAGGUGAUCAUCAAUAUGAUACUUGUGCCAUUUGUUUGGAAGAAUAUAAUGAAGGAAACAAAUUACGUGUUCUUCCUUGUUCACAUGCAUAUCAUACAAAAUGCAUAGAUCCUUGGUUAACAAAGAACCAGCGUACUUGUCCUAUCUGUAAACGAAAAAUUCGUUUAGGUAGUGUUUCAUCAGAUGAGGAGAGUGAUGAAGAUACUGAAGAACCAACUGAAACAACACCCCUAUUAAGAUCACUUCAUGGAAGAUCUAUUAUAAAUUUCAUGCAGAAUCCAGUUAUUAAUUCUAGCAGGGCUGAUAUUGAAAAUACUAAUAAUAAUAGAGAAAUUAAUGAAGAAACACAAGAAAAUUCAGUACCAGAACAUCAAACUGGGUCAUUAUUGCAUCAUUUAACAUGUGUUGAAUUACAUCAGCCUAAUGAAUCCACCAACAACACUCCAUAUAGUGCUUCAGCCCCUUGUUGUUUAUUAUCACAUGGUGUAAAUGUAGAGGACAAUUCUAUUUCAGGAGAUAUUUCUGGUAUUGAAGCUGGUGAGGGAAUAUCAAGUUUACCUAGUACUUCGUCAUCGUCGUCAUCGUCUUGCACUGAAGUUAAUACUAAAAAUGAAAAUUCUGUUCAUAAAGAUUUAAUUGUGUGAAUACUUAGUGAUAUUAUUAAUUAUGAAAUAUUAAUACUGAGAAGCCUUAUCAUUCAGCAGUGUUAAUUUUCAAAAUUAAAAUGCUUUAUCUUAAAAAAUUUUAAUGAUGAAUUAUUCAUCUUCAUUUAAAAUUAUUUGAUAUAUUUUUAUAUUCUUAAUAAAUAAGAAGACAAUGUUUCUAAAGCCGAAACAUAGAUUUAUAAAAGCUUUCAUUUGAAAUUUUAGAGAUAAUUUAUCAACAUUUAUUUUUAAUUAGAGAAAAAUU